GCGCGAAUUAAAAGUUCAUGUUUUUAAAAUGCCACAAUUUGGAAACCCGUACCAAAUUACCUCCGACUGCAGUCUGAAGUCAUCUAAUUGAGCAGUCUGCUGAGCUGAAGAUAAAAUGGACGGCCAAGGAGACGGAGACCACAACGGUCCAAAUCGCUAUCGUACGUCCAUACCACUAGGAGAUCUACCGCCAACUGAUAGUGACGAUGAUGUUGAUGAUGAUAAUGAUGACCAUGAUGAUGUUGGCGGUGAUGAGGAAGACAUGGAUUCUGUUUUCCUCAUGCAUUUGUUUGUGAAUCAUUACAUGAAAUUCUUUGUACAUCCGCAAGCGUCACUGCAGCAAGCUAACGCUGACAAUGAAAACAUUGUGCGUGAUUUCAAGAUUGAAAAGAGUAACGCUGAUGAUCUCAUUGACCAUGAAGAUGAGUUGGACGUCACAGUCGAGGUCGAGGCCGAGUUGGAAGUCAGCCACACAAUGGAGGAGGAAGAAGAGCCCCAGCCGGGACCAUCGAGGAACAGAACCAGAGAUGAUGAGGAGGAAGAAGAAAUGAGGAGCAGCAGCAGAUAUUUCCGCUGGUGGCACGAAUUUGAUAACAGUUCCGAUGGCAGCACUGAUUUAGAUAAUGACGAACAAGACCCCGUGCCUGGUGGAGCUAAGAAAAGGUCACGGGAUGACUUGGACGGGAAUUUGAGACUGCAGGGCGACCUGUCCCUGAUGACUCUGAGUGGGCAUCACAUUCACAGUUUCAAGAAUACCGUGAACGAGGAACGAGGAGCUGCCAAGGUGGGCGACUUUCAUUUUGGUGCGCAAGAGACGAUGGAAGACACGCAGUCCAGAGAAAACUAUGAUAAAGAAAAUAAGAGCGGCAAGAAACGAUUCAAAAGAUGAGAAAUGUUGUCAGAGGGGGGAAAAAAAAAAAUGACUGCACAUAAGGUUUUUACUUCAUUUUAGAGCCACUUUUCAUUGAGAGAAUUGUUUUGAGUGAAGCAAAUAAGUGAUUUUUUUUGAGUAGUGAUGCAAGGAAGACAUUUGGUGCUUCAAAUUAUAGCCUACAUAUAUCAAAGUCUAAUAUAAAUCUGACUACAGCGGAUAUUUUGGUACACCAUAUUUGUAGCGAGCAUGUACAUAUGUAACACUGAAUGUCUACAUGAUGACUAAAAUAUGGGUUUAUGUCAUAAUCUGGGAAAUACUGUUUUUAUGCUUUACAAAUAUACUGAAACUGGAUGCCAACUUUGGUACUGUGGACAUUUUGGUCUGCAUCUGUUACAGGUCUGAAGAUGGCAUGCAAA